GCAAGGCCAGCCCCAGCACCCAAGCCCCAGCCAGCCACAAGUUAACAACAGGCCAUAACCUCAGUCACCCCGUCCCCACUGGUAAGGCCCUACAGUGCCAGCCAGCCACAAGUUCCACAGCUGCUAGUGCCAGCUGACCUACACGAGGGAGCGGACGACCAGCUGAUUCCGACGGGAUGAGAGCAAAAGGACUCUUAGUUUCAUUAUUUUUCUUAUUUCUGGCGUCUCAUUCGCUUACGAAAGUCAGCAGAUCAAAACAUAUUCCGCCUAUUGUAUUAAUCCCAGGAGAUGGAGGAUCACAAAUUGAGGCCAAGAUUGACAAGCCAAGUGUUAUCCAUUACAUUUGUACAAAGAAAAAUGACUGGUUUGACCUUUGGCUCAAUAUGGAGCUGCUUGUUCCAUACAUUAUUGACUGUUGGGUUGAUAACAUGAAGCUCGUGUAUGACAACGUGACUCGUACAACCAAGAACGCUCCAGGAGUGCAAACCAGAAUUCCUGGUUUUGGAAACUCAUCAACAGUUGAGUGGUUAGACCCUAGCCAACGUUCUCUAACUGGUUACUUCAAAGAUGUUGUCAAUGCUAUCAUACCACUCGGAUACGAGCGAGGUGUCACCGUCCGAGGGGCUCCUUUUGAUUUUCGUAGAGCACCAAACGAACACCAAGAAUAUUUUCAAAAACUACGUCAGCUGAUCGAGGAGACUUACCGUUAUUGUGGGCAAAAAGUUGUUCUUGUGCUACACAGCAUGGGAGCACCAAUGACUCAAUAUUUCUUGAACCACCAGCCUCAGCACUGGAAGGACAAGCAUAUUGAAUCAGUGGUUGCCUUAGCUGGUGCUUGGGGAGGCUCUAUGAAAGCUGUGAAAGUUUAUACUGCAGGAGACAACUUGGGGAUCUAUGUUAUCAGUGCAACCAAAGUCCGAGCAGAGCAGCGUUCCGCCCCUAGUUUGGCCUUCCUUUUGCCUUCAGCUGAGCUUUGGGGCCCUGAUGAAGUCUUAGUUCAGACCCUGACCAAGAACUACACCGCAAGCAACUUCAAGGAUUUAUUUGAGGCAUUGAAUUUACCUGAUGCCUAUAACAUGUACCUGGAUACAAAAGACCUGCUGAAGGAUGCUCCUGCUCCAGGGGUGGAGCUCCAUUGUUUGCAUGGUGAAGGGAUCGACACUGUAGAAAAACUCGUUUAUGCAAAUGGCAAGUUUCCUGACAGCCCGGUUCUCGUAAAUGGAGGAGGUGAUGGUACUGUCAACACCCGCAGUGCUGAACUUCCUUUAAAGUGGACAAAUAAACAGACAAAAAAAAUUUACUACAAGACCUACAAAGGGGUAGACCACAUGGGAAUACUCAGGAGCAAAGGAAGUAUAAGCUAUAUAGUUGAGUUGCUGACCAAUAUUACAAAUAAGAAUGAGUUAUUAGCCAAGAAGAAGAUGGAUAACUUGCAAAAACUAGAGAAGAAGACUAUAAAAACCAAGUUACCGGUAACGGCAAAAUUUGGGGAGAAUGUGGCGGGAAAGGAAUUUAGAAAUAUAAUUGAAAGUUUAAGCAAAAGUGAGCAUACAGAAAAAAGGACAAUAGAAAACAGGGAAGUAAAUAGUAUUAUAGGAGAUUGGGAAGCUCAUCCAUCAGGAAAGGGAUUAUUGUGAUCUUAACUAGAAGAUUAAAUGUAAAUCUGUAAAGUAAAUUUCUUUCUGAACUUUUGAUCAAUUUUCUACUUUCUGUAGUCUAUCAGUACUGUACCCAUAGAAUUCCUGUAUCUCUGUCUUUCUCUUUUUCUUUCAGUUAAAUAUUCCACUAAUACAGUGGGUGCAGCUAAAGGGGAAAAAUUGAAGAAGACAAUGUUCCUGUGCUGUUACAAGUAAGCUCUGGGAACUUACGCUAAUUAUUUGAGCCGAGUCUCUAAACUAUUCAUUUAAUUUAUAACAUACACUACUUGAUUGCAUGGUGAGGUCAAGUCAGGUCAAGCAAACUUAGAGUGUUCAAUAUUAAUGCUUAGUUCAGGCAUGGGUAGGAUGAUUGUUAUAUUUUACUCUGCAUAAUGGUUAAGUUAAUGACCACUUCAUUGUAAUGGAAAACUAAAAGUGAUCACGUUUUUCCUUUGUAUGAUGGAGCAUAUUAAUCUCUAUAUUGGUCUGAGAAUAUAAGAUAAAGAAUCAUGGGAGAUAUUUGUGUGAUAUUUUCUCUUCGCAGUUAGGUUAGAUCUGUAUGACUAAAGGGUUAAGUUAAAAAAUAAAAAUCAUAUAAAUUGUCAGGAAUUUAUCAGCCUUAUGGUUUAGGUAUACUGUAUAUAUGUACAGUAAUUUGAUUAAGUUUUGAAGCAUUUUCUAAUCAAAUUCAUAGCAAUACCUAUACAGUAUAUCAGUCUGUUGGUAUAACUAUAUACAGUAUACAAGUAAGCUGAUUAAAUUUUAAUUUUUUCAUAUGACUUGUUAAGAAUAUAUAAACUUGAUUAACUUCUCUUCAUUUUUUACAUAUGUAUUGGUAAGAAUAGUGUCAUAAUUACAGACUGAUAUGUGUUUGAAAUAUGGGGACAACACUAGGAUGUGAAACACUUGAGUACCUUUAAGAAAACUACUGAAAACAAAAUGUAUUUUCAAGUUUGAUCACUUUAAUCAGUUAUUUUUGUUAUUCCUGAAGCUGUUUUGUGUAUUUCAUAGUUAAGGGAGUUCUCAUAAUACCUACUACAGUAUAUACCAAACCAGCAACUUCAACAGAUUAAUUACUUUUUACUCCUUCUCUAGUAUAUUUGAUACUGAUGGUGGAUGCAAAGCUGCCAUACUGUUAGGUUUCAUUUCUGAUUAUUGCUGUGCAGUAUCAUCAUUAAUUUAAUGUUAUUACUGUUGGAUAUACACAUUGAUACUGCAUACUCAUCAUCCUUCAGUAUGUGUAUAUAAAUUGCAUAUCAGCUCACUAAUUCAUCCAAGUUCUGUUCUUAGUAAGGUCUCUCUCUCUCUCUUUAAACAUAUCUAUUUCCUUGCCUUAAUGUUUCAUCUUGUAGUUUUAAACAGUAUUAUGCAUAUUCUUGGCACUAUCCCAUUACUCCUCCAUGUUCACAAGCACAAAAUAAUUGAAGUACUGUACAGUACUGUAUUCAUAUUGUCAUCUCAGAAUUUUGAAAACUGGAACUGAUUAUUAAUUUUUUUUUUAAAUUAUAAAGAAGUUAAAUAAGUAUAUCUGCUAAUGUGGAGCAUAUCUCUACCUAGGCUGAAUUACUUACUUAAAUAAGAACUCAAAUAUUUGUAAGGGAUAAAUUAAUACAGAUCUUUAUUCCCCUAUCCAACUUUAGCAUCCAUAGUCCUCAACACCGUCCAUUCUCCCCUUUUUCCCCUCCAAAGAAAUUCCCCUGAGUAAUUCUUGAUUUUUUAUACUGUACCAUGUACAGUAUAUAAGAAAUGUAUGCCACUCAAGUUAGCAUAAAGUUUUGUGUGAGAUUACACUUUUACGUGAAAAUAUGAUGUUGAUUCAAACAAGCAAUUUGUAUGGUUACUAGUUAAGGUUUAUGCCCAUUUUGUCUAUUCCCAUUAUUUCUAACUCUGAAAAUGUUACAUAUUAUCAGAGUGUCUAUUGUGGGUUAAUGGUGACCUAAUCUAAUCUAAUAUAACCUUACCUUACCUUACCUAAUGGGAAGUAAACGAAGUGGUAGUACACAGACUGGGAUGUUACCUAUUUUAAUACUGUACAAUAUGAACAGGGUAAUAAUCUCUUAUCUCUGUGAACUAUUGUUAAUAACUGCUGGGAUGAAUUUGGAGCAGUUUUUCUGCCUGACUUCAUUGAUACAAUUGGUGCUUAGCAAUUAUGGAGUUAGUUUUUUGUUUUUUAUAAACUAAAUCCUUUUAUGUCUACUGUACACUAAUUACAGUGCGUGAAUAAAGACAGUAGUUUGGUGCUCUUA